ACCACGUAAACAUUUCUCGAAGCAGGUGCUUGAUAACGGUUUUUAAGUUCGUCGUUUGCUGACCAAAUAAGAAAUGUCAGCGGCAGAAGGAGCGGAUUUGAAAGGAGGACAUCCUCCUGCAGUGAAGGUUGGAGGCAUGCGUGUGGUUCAGCACAAAGACGGGAAAGACAAGCCGGCAGAACAACUGACUAAGGAGGAGAAGGAAGAGUAUGGAUCUAGUCCUCCAAAGUCUGACACGCAUCACCAGUCUGUGCUGGUUGGUGGAACAGUGACACAGGGAGAUAAGGAUUUCCCACCAGAGGCUGUCAAGCAUUAUCACAACAAACCACUACCCACUCACGAACAUUCUCGUCAACCCGCCAAGAACUUUAACAUCCAACAACCUCGUUGAACUGAAUGGAAAAGGAUGUCGUUCUAGUCUCAUAUUGAACUUGAGCCGGGGCUCGUUCAAUGAGAAAAAGACAGAUUGGUUAAGGGAAAAUGUGAAAUAAAGUUUAAUGUUAAAACACAAAGCAAGAACUUCAGGCUAAACUUCAGGGGAAUUGGAUAAAAAUAUUCAGAAACCAUGGAAACAUAUUUGGAUAAUGAAAUGAUUGGAAAUUAUAAACCAUAAUUUGUUAUACUCUUAUGUAUUAAAGGAGUAUCUAAAUCUUGUUCAUAUUUCAGGUGUUUGUACUCUACCGGUAUUUAUCUGUGUUGAAUAUUUCGAAAGAGGCAUUAUAAGUGUGAUGAAUAUUAUAGACGUGUUGGUGUUUGAAUUCUUUUUUUCUUUAAUGAUGAUGAGUCCGUGCUUUAGACCAGAAUGCCAGAGAUUGUUGUAUAUCUGAUUUGUAGAGAUCUCCUCAAUUAAUCAGUACUAACAUUGUGUAAUAUAAAUACAUGUGUACCUAUAUAUCUGAAUAGGUUCAUUAAACACAUCCUAUUAUAGGCAGGUCAAAGUAAACUUUUUCUAAAAUAUUUUUGAUCUCUGAAGUUAACCUGGGUAUAUAGUAAUGAUACAAUAGAUAAAAGAAUGAUGUCAUUCAAAGAUUAUUAUUAAAAUCAUUAAAAUACUGUUUGCAACCUCCAAAUAAAACUUAUCAUUUAUAUGACAUAUAUUUCUAAAUAUGGCGAUGCAUUGAAAACAAUUUUAGCUUUUCAUAUUUGAUCAAACACAAUGAGUGCAAAAUUAAUAAUUCUAUAUUUGGAAUGUUAAGAAUGAAAAGAAAAACAUGCAAUUAUUGUUUAUAUGAUAAUUUAAAAGCCAAAAUGAAAAGUUGUGUGAUUUAGGUUGUAUUCUUCAAAAGUACCAAGUCUAAAUACUUUAAAACAUUGUUUAUCUAUAAAGAAAUUAGACCCUGAAAAGCGAAGUGUUGUAUUAUCGUGAUUCGUGAUUCGUUUGUCCUCAAAUUUUCCAGACCAUUUUGGUGAGUUUGCUUACAUUUUCUUGUGAACACAAUUAAUGAAAUACAUGUAGUAAUUUAAAGCAAAGUUUGUUUUGCUUUGAUUUUUUUUGUUUUGACACCCCAGUGUUCAUACAAGUUUUGAACAUUCUGAAAUAUAUUUGUUCUUGGAUUAUAUUGCAAUUUUUCCCCUAAUUUUAUUUCUUUAAGUUUUUACUGGGCAAGUAGUAAUCUUUUUCUUGCAUUUAUUUCCAAUUUUUUGUUUUACUUUGUUUUGCAUCAUAAUACGCAAUGUUCGUUAUAUAUUUUAAAAUGUAAUAUUAGUUUGAAAAUAAAAGUAAAUAAAAGUAUUGUUUAUUGAAAGAAUGCUGAGUUAAAUGAUUGCAUAUUUUUUAAGGUAAUAUAAUCUUCUGCCUUGUUGAUAUCUGAAUGCUGUGUCUGUGUACUUAACAUUAUAGCUGCUGGUAUUGAUAUUUUUCAGAAAUUUCAAUUUGAAAUAUUAAUCUUAAAGGGACAAAAUAGUGAAGCUGGAAUUCUUUGGAACACAUUAACAGAUCCUUCAUGAGUAAAUGUUCUCAAUGCACCUUCUGAACAAAUCAUGCCAAAUUAUUAACAAAAGCCAUUUUUUUUUGAAAUGUGAUAAUGAAAGGGAUCAAGUGGAAGAUAUUGUUUAAUAUCACCAGCUUUAUCAAUACUUCAACAGGGGACUACAGUUCAACUAUGGAAACUUUCACUUAAAAUUUUCUUUUUUUUUUGUACAAAUAUAUGGUCAUUUACAAUCACUUUGAAUAACAAAGUCCUUUUAACAUCAGUGUUAUCACAUUUGAAAAGAAUUUCAGGUGACAUACCUCUAUUAUGUGAUGAGUUCAAAUACAGUUUGAUUGCAUUUCUUUAGAUAUACAUUUUAAAAAUUGAUAUUUAAAUGCUUUCAUAUACUUUUGAUACAGAAUAUAUAUUGGUAUUUUUUCAGGAAUUAAGAUAAAGGUGAUAUUAAUCAUUUCCACGCUAAUUUAAAACACUUGAGUAUAAAACUUUAAUUUUUUCUGAUUUUGAACUUCCAUGCAAGCAUUCUUUUAGUUGGUUUUUAAUCAGUUUUUUUUUUUUGCAAUAUGUUGAAGUAAUUUAGAAAUGAACAUAAAAUUAAACCUGCCUAAGCAAGGCUGGAGUCCAAUUGAAACACUAAUAUUAUUUUCACCGUUUUUACAUCAUAAAUAAUCAAAUACUACCAUGUUCUGUUAAUCCAUUUCUAUAUUGUCAGUUACCUUUAUAUAAUUGCUUUUCUGUAUGCCAAAACUAUGUAGUAUUUUGACCUUAGAUACAAUCAAUAUAUUGUUUUUGAUUAAAGUGCUAUAAUUAUAGGUUAAGUGCUAUAUUUCAUAUAGAUUCUAUUUUACAUUAUUUAACACUGGAGUAAAUGAUGUUUAUAUUUCUUACUGUUGGUAGUCGUCUUUACUGCCUGUAUAAAUUAAACAUUAGAGUAGAUGAUUUUGUUGGCUGCCUAUAUCAGGAAAGCUCUGUAUAUACCAGUCUGGUUUUGACCUUGUUUAAAGCCUGUAUUAGCUAGCAGGUCAUUUGUCCUCCGUUAUAUCUGGUUUUGGAGGGAAUGAUUACACUGUAUUUGUGAAAUAACAACAGUGAUAUGUUUUCAUUAAGGAUUAUGAGCUUACAAACUUUAUGUUUUACAAAGAAAACGAGAUACAACAUCCAGUCUGGCAGAUUCAUUGAUACCGCCAGUCUUCCAAGGAUGAAUUCCUAGUGGAAUACAGGAGUCCAGUUCAAAGAUGUGUUAACAGGAAAUAUAGAGGACCAGGAUGUUGUCUGGUCCUCUAUAUUUCCAGUAAACUUUAUAUUUGUCACAAAGUAACAUAUCAGGACUUUGCUUUGAAGUAUUUUUAUUCAAUUCUAUUUUAAGACAUAAGUAACAGAUUUCCCGAAUAUAUUUUUUUUUAAGUCUACAUUGCUAUAUUAUAACCAUAGCCACUUUUUUAAGUUUGGUCAACAUUUGAUUCACAGACCGUUUCAGACUGCAGAUUAUUCUACAAUAAAUAGUGAUAAAAAAGAGCAGAUAAUUAAUCUUGAUUCUGUUGUAAUUAGCUGUUGCUCAAAAUAAAAAUUACCAAAAAUUCAAA